AUGAACAUUGGUGUAAUUUCUAGCAUGAAUAUAAAUAAUAAUAUAAAUAUUAGAAUAAAUCCUAGUGUAGACACUGCUAUGAACUUUGGUAUGAACAUUGCUAUGAACUUUGGUAUAGACACUGCUAUGAACUUGGGUAUAAAUACUACUAUAAACUUUGGUGUAAAUGCUGCUAUGAACUUUAGUAAAGAUGCUAUUAUGAACUUUAUUGAGGAAGCUGCUAUGAACUUUGGUGCAGAUGCUUUUAUGAACUUCGAUAAGAAAGCUGCUAUAAACUUUGGUUCAGACAGUUUCAUAAAUUUUGGUUCAGAUAGUUUUAUGAACUUUGGUGUGGAUACUAUAAAUGUUGAUGCAGAUACUUCUUUGGACGUUAUU